UACCCGAACUACGUAGUCCACGUAAUCGAAUAUGGUCCGUGUGUAUAACGUACGACUCCAAGAUAAACACGAUUCCUCUCUUCUUCUUUUCUUUUCCCCCCUCCUUCUUCUUCUUCUUCUUCUUCUACCUCUGCUCUUUCUCUCUCCUCUUCUUCUGCAUUUCGCUGAGAUUAUGUAGCUGAGCAAAAUUUUAGAGAGAGAAAAAGGAAGGAAUUGAAGUGAUGUCGAAUACUGAGAAUUCUCCGGUGAUCGGAGGUUUUUCUGAUGGAAUUGAUGAUGUUGAAGAAUUCGUCUGUGUGAAUGAGAAGGAAUCGACGAUGACGAACGAGAGAAUUCAUCAGGUUUUGGAGUUUGUCAAGACUGGAAAUCAAGCUUUUCGUCGAGGGAGAUUUGAGGAGGCAAUUGAUUGUUAUUCAAAAGCCAUUCUUGUCAAACCGGGUGAUCCUAUUAUUCUGAGCAAUAGAUGUGCUGCUUAUAUAAGGUUAAGCCAAUUUCUAAAAAGUCGAGCACCUUCUGCAUCUGAAUAUAAUCCAUUGUAUGGGCUGGAUCCUACAACACAUGCUGAACUGGCCUUGAAAGAUGCUAAAAAAGUCAUGAGCUGCAGAAACAAUUCUGUCAAGUCGUUCAUCCUGCAAGCCGAUGCUCUAUUUUUGUUAGAAAGAUAUGAUUCGGCACGUGAUGCUGUUAUCGCUGGCUUGCAGCUGGAUCCACUUUGUACUCAUUUACAGGCUCUACUUUUGAUAUUGGAGAGAACUUGUACUGGCUUAGUUCGCGGAAGAAGUUGUGAGAAACCAGAACGUAGUGAUGAAUUUGAUUGUACCCUUUGCUUGAAGUUACUUUAUGAGCCCAUCACAACUCCAUGUGGUCAUUCAUUUUGCCGCUCCUGUCUAUUUCAGUCAAUGGACCGAAGUAAUAAAUGUCCCCUUUGUCGAACUGUUCUCUUUAUCACUCCAAGGACGUGUGCAGUAAGUGUAACUUUGAACAACAUUAUACAGAAAAAUUUUCCGGAGGAAUAUGCGGAGAGGAAAUCAGAGAAUGACAGUCUGGUAAAACUUGGCGUUGAUUUGAUGCCACUUUUUGUGAUGGAUGCUGUGCUCCCUUGUGAGAAGUUGCCUCUCAAUAUAUUUGAACCUCGCUACAGGCUUAUGGUUAGGAGGAUAAUGGAAGGAAAUCAUCGGAUGGGCAUGGUAACACUUGACUCCACAACCGGUCACAUAGCUGACUUUGCUUGUGAGGUGGAGAUAACAGAAUGUGAGCCACUUCCAGAUGGCCGCUUCUAUAUAGAGGUUGAAGGACGGCGAAGAUUUCGCAUCCUUCGAUCCUGGGAUCAAGAUGGUUACCGUGUUGCAGAAGUAGAAUGGAUACAGGAUAUAAAUCCACCAGAAGGAUCAAGAGAGAGAUCAGAUCUGCAGGAACUGACAAGUAAUGCUGCAGAAUAUGCUCAAAUGUGGAUGAUGAGGGCAAAAGAGGCAGCAAGACAAGAUAGAAGACGGCUUGCAGAACUCCUUAAUGUGGAAGCAAUGAUGCCCACAAAGGAAGAUCCUGAGCGCUUCAGCUUCUGGCUAACCACGCUAACAAGAAGAAGAUCAUCGGAGAGACUAGAACUUCUGCGGUUGAAAGACACGAAGGAGAGAAUAAGUUGCGGGUUGAUAUAUCUUAGACAAGAAGAGCAAGUUUGUCGAUUACAAUAGUAAAAGUUGUAAUCGAGUACUGUAAUUUAUCCAUUUUGAAAGAAAAUUUCAAUAUUAUUUAAAGGCUGCUCAAGUGUCCAGCAUUUUUUGAUCCACAUGAUGCCGUGGAUCCUCAAAGUCUCAGACUGAGUUUUGUUGUAAUAUAGAAUAUAACAAGAUUAUUUGUUACGAAGUAUAAUCUAUACUUUUCUUCCUUUACUGUAAUGUUACCUUUCUU